AUCAAUCAUAUCAUAUGAUUUGUUUUCUCUCUCUUCUCUUUUUAUGUCGCGGUUCCACUCAUCACUCUCACAGCAUACCUAACCCAAUCACUCACUCUCUCCGUACACACACCUCAGUCGGCGUUUUACUUCCCAUCUCUAUCUCCGAUCUACGUCACACACAGUUCCGAGAUAUUGAUUAAUUGAUUUAUAUAGCUAUGGCCAGAAAGAUGCUGAUCGAUGGUGAACCAGCUGCUGCAUUGGAAGAAGAGGCGACUGAUUUUGACUUCGACUUGUUCGUUAUUGGAGCUGGUAGUGGUGGCGUUCGUGCCUCUAGAUUCUCCGCCAACUUCGGAGCUAAAGUUGGGAUUUGCGAGCUUCCGUAUCAUCCAAUUAGCUCAGAAACGAUUGGAGGUGUUGGUGGAACGUGUGUGAUUCGUGGUUGUGUUCCCAAAAAGAUUCUGGUCUAUGGAGCAUCUUUUGGAGGGGAUCUUGAGGAUGCCAGGAAUUAUGGGUGGGAAUUGAGCGAGAAGAUUGACUUCAACUGGAAGAAGCUCUUACAAAAGAAGACAGAUGAAAUCAAUAGGUUAAAUGGAAUAUACAAGCGAUUGUUAUCCAAUGCUGGGGUUAAAUUAUUUGAAGGUGAGGGAAAGGUAGUGGGCCCACAUGAAGUUGAGGUGACACAAGUGGAUGGCACUAAAUUGUCUUAUUCGGCAAAACACAUACUGAUUGCUACUGGUGGUAGGGCCCAUCUUCCGGAUAUUCCAGGAAAGGAGUUGGGCAUAACAUCUGAUGAAGCAUUAAGUUUAGAGGAAUUGCCUAAACGUGUCGUGAUUCUUGGAGGAGGCUAUAUAGCAGUUGAGUUUGCUUCUAUAUGGCAAGGGAUGGGUUCCACAGUCAAUCUUGUUUUCAGAAAGGAACUUCCAUUGAGAGGUUUUGAUGAUGAAAUGAGAGCUGUGGUUGCGAGGAAUCUUGAGGGAAGGGGAAUUAAUUUACAUCCAAGGACAAACUUGACACAGUUGAUUAAAACAGAAGAUGGCAUUAAAGCUGUUACAGAUCAUGGUGAGGAGCUGAUGGCUGAUGUUGUGCUAUUUGCCACUGGUAGAGUCCCCAAUACUAAGAGGUUAAAUUUAGAAGCUGUAGGUGUCGAGCUUGACAGCAAUGGAGCAAUAAAGGUAAAUGAAUAUUCACGCACAAACAUACCAAGCAUAUGGGCUGUCGGUGAUGUAACAGACCGAAUGAAUCUCACUCCAGUGGCUUUGAUGGAAGGAACAUGUUUUGCAAAAACAGUAUUUGGUGCGCAAGAAAGUAAGCCAGACUAUAGUAACAUCCCCUAUGCUGUGUUCAGCAUUCCACCACUUUCUGUAGUUGGCCUCAGUGAGGAGCAGGCAAUAGAGCAAGCAAAUGGUGAUGUGCUAGUUUUCACAUCAACCUUCAAUCCCAUGAAAAAUACCAUCUCAGGGCGACAAGAGAAAACUGUUAUGAAGCUUGUUGUUGAUGCCGAGACAGACAAAGUUCUCGGAGCAUCCAUGUGUGGGCCUGAUGCGCCAGAAAUUAUGCAGGGUAUUGCUGUUGCAUUGAAGUGUGGAGCUACCAAGGCACAGUUUGACAGCACGGUCGGCAUACAUCCAUCUUCUGCAGAAGAAUUUGUAACCAUGCGUUCAGUUACAAGGACUGUUGCUGCUGCAAAGCCCAGGACAAGUUUGUAAGUUUUAAUGGAAAAGAUACUAUUUGUUGGAUGGUAGUGUAGAACUGCACAUCACUGAUAGAAGUUAGAACAUCAGCUUCCAUUUCCCAUUCAAUUAUUUUUCCCCUUCGGCAAUUUUCAUUUUGCUCAAAUAAUACUGAAAAAAGCUGUUUAAUUAGUCAUCAAGGAGUUCAAGAAAUGACUAAUCUGUAUGAUUCACUUUCCAA